AUGAAUCAGGAGGACGAGCAUGAGAUGGUUAAAGCAGUGAGCAGUCAUGUAUUUGUCUUCAAUGGUAUCUGGUUCCAUGCAAAUUUCCUUGCUAAGAAAAAAGGAGCCACCAACUGCGUUGAUCUCGUCCCAAAGUACUUCUUUGCUGAAUUGGAAAUCGUGGGGACGAAGAAACUAUCUUGUGUUUCAUGUGUUAAGCUUGACCCAGGUGAUCCCAAAAACAUUGGUGGUUGUUGCCUGUGCUAUGAGAAUAUCAUGCAUCCUGCUGGGGGUGGAUACCAUGGUGCCCAAGCUCGAUCUGUUCGACAUGCUCCUGGUGGCCUACAGAUUUCAUUCAAGUUCUGA